GCUGAACCUUAACUUUUUGCAGUUUGAGGGGGGGGUUCAUCUCGCUGUUUCUCAGGGGGUUUCUGGCUGAAUCUCAGAGGUUUGGGUUUUUCUGGGCUGAAUCUUGGUGUUUUGGAGGUUUUUAUGGACACAGGAUGCCCGGUGAGUUCUAGAGAUGGACUUGGGCAGGAGGAACCCCCAAGCCAACACACUCAGCCCUUGUUUUCCCCCCCAUCAGGAUUUAUCCUUCCCAAAGCUUGGGCAGAUGAAGGAGGCUGCGAGGAAGAGGAAGAUGCCUUGGGCCCCCCAGGCAGGCCCCGAGCUGAGGACGGAGAGCCCGGAGGACAAAUCCCCCCGGCAGAGCCUGGUGGGAGAGGCCGUUUUGAAGGGCUCCCCGGCGCAGGAAGGCAGCGGGGAGGAAAAGGGCCGGAGAUCCCCCCGCAGGAGGGGCUCCAAAGCCAGCCCAGGGUGCUCUGAGGAGGAAAGAGCCAGCCUGUGCCGGGAAGGCGGCCAGAGCUUGAGGGGGAGCUCUGAGCUGGUGGUCCUUGAGCAGCCUCCCAGCAGGGAGAAGCCCUUCAGGUGCUUGGACUGUGGGAAGAGCUUCAAGGCCAGCACCACCCUCCUCACCCACCAGCACAUCCACACUGGAGAGCGGCCCUACACGUGUGGGGAAUGUGGGAAGAGCUUCAAGUGCAGCUCCAACCUAGUCCGACACAAGCGCAUCCACACUGGGGAACGGCCCUACACGUGUGGGGAAUGUGGGAAGAGAUUCAGGGACAGCUCCACCCUCCUCACCCACCAGCACAUCCACACCGGGGAACGGCCCUACACGUGUGGGGAAUGUGGGAAGAGCUUCAACUGCAGCUCCAACCUACGCAACCACCGUCGUGUCCACACUGGGGAACGGCCCUACACAUGUGGGGAAUGUGGGAAGAGCUUCAGUGACAUCUCCACCCUCGUCAAGCACCAGCGCAUCCACACCGGGGAGCAGCCCUACACAUGUGGGGAGUGUGGGAAGAGCUUCAGUACGAGCUCCAGCCUCCUCGUCCACCAACGCAUCCACACCGGAGAACGGCCCUACAAGUGCUUGGAAUGUGGGAAGAGAUUUCAGACCAGCUCACAUCUCCUCCUGCACCAGCGGACGCACACGGAUGAGAGGCCCUUCCGCUGCACCGACUGUGGGAAGAGCUUCAGCCAGAACUCUUCCCUUGUCACCCACCGACGCAUCCACACCGGGGAGAGGCCCUACAAGUGUGGGGAGUGUGGGAAGAGCUUUGCCCAGAGCUGUACCUUGACCAAACAUCAACAGACCCACCGGUAAGAGAAGCGCCUCGAGUGCCCCGACUGCAGGAAGAGCUUCGACUGCUGCUGCUGCUGCAACUCCAUCAGCCAUUGAAGGACCCCCGUUGGGUGAUCCACAGGAACCCACGUUGGGCACAGACCUGGUGACCCUUGUUCCAGGUGAUCCAUGCUGGGCACACACCUGGUGACCCCUGUGUCCAGCCCCUGUCCCGACCCCUCUGACAGUGAGGGUGACCCAGGGUCUUGUUAACUGAUCCCUUGGGGAAGAUUAGAGUUACUUUAUCUAUCUAUCUCUCUAUCUCUCUAUCUAUCUAUCUAUCUAUAUGUAGGAUUCAGUUUAGAUCAGUUUUGUUUCCCUGUAGAGUAGGUUUGGGGCAGUUUUGGCUCCUGUCUAUAGUGAUAUAAAACCAUAAAAAUAACACUUCUUCUCUCUGGCUCCAAGCCCAGCCUGUCCCUUCCAGGGGUGGAUGUUCCCC